GAAGAAGCCUUAAAAAUGAGGAAUUUGCUGCAAGAAUUCCUCAAAAAGCAUGAUGGUGUGAGGUAUCCGACUAUUCUUGGACUUAGAGAGCAUAUAUUUACUGGAAGUGUUUCUUCACUUGCUUGGUUCAUGUCAAAUCAGGAGACCAGUUUUGUGACAAUUGGUCAAAGACUGUUAGCCAACCCUCUGAAGGUUCGAUUCCAUUAUGGUCAUCCAGAUGUGUUUGAUAGGCUCUUUCACCUUACUAGAGGAGGUGUCAGUAAAGCAUCCAAGGUUAUCAAUUUGAGUGAAGACAUAUUUGCUGGCUUCAACUCUACCCUUCGAGAAGGCAAUGUUACCCAUCAUGAAUACAUUCAAGUUGGGAAGGGAAGGGAUGUCGGCUUGAAUCAGAUUUCUAUGUUUGAAGCUAAGAUUGCUAAUGGCAAUGGGGAGCAGACACUGAGUCGAGAUAUAUACCGGCUUGGACACCGGUUUGAUUUUUUCCGAAUGUUGUCAUGCUAUUUCACUACCAUUGGAUUCUACUUUAGUACUUUGAUAACUGUGCUUACUGUGUAUGUGUUCCUGUAUGGCCGUCUCUAUCUUGUACUUAGUGGUCUUGAAGAAGGGUUGAGUACUCAGCCUGCAAUUCGAGACAAUAAGCCUCUUCAAGUAGCUCUUGCUUCUCAAUCUAUUGUUCAAAUUGGAUUUUUGAUGGCCUUGCCUAUGUUGAUGGAAAUUGGCUUGGAGAGGGGUUUCCGGACUGCACUAAGUGAAUUUAUUCUGAUGCAAUUGCAAUUGGCACCAGUCUUUUUCACUUUCUCUCUUGGAACGAAGACUCACUAUUACGGAAGGACAUUACUUCAUGGAGGUGCAAAAUAUAGGCCUACGGGUCGUGGGUUUGUGGUCUUCCAUGCCAAAUUUGCGGACAACUACAGGCUUUAUUCACGUAGUCACUUUGUCAAGGGUAUUGAGAUGAUGAUCUUGCUUAUUGUGUACCAAAUAUUUGGUCAAUCUUAUAGAGGUGCAGUUGCUUACAUCUUGAUCACAAUUUCUAUGUGGUUUAUGGUGGGCACCUGGCUUUUCGCUCCGUUCCUAUUCAAUCCUUCUGGUUUCGAGUGGCAAAAGAUUGUUGAUGAUUGGACUGAUUGGAAUAAGUGGAUAAGUAACCGAGGAGGUAUUGGUGUACCUCCAGAAAAGAGUUGGGAAUCAUGGUGGGAGGAAGAACAAGAGCAUCUUCGUCAUUCUGGGUUGCGUGGGAUCAUUGCUGAGAUAUUGUUAGCUUUAAGAUUUUUUAUCUAUCAGUAUGGGCUUGUAUAUCAUCUGAAAAUUACAAAGCACACCAAAAGUUUCCUGGUCUAUGGUGUAUCAUGGCUGGUGAUCUUUCUCAUAUUGUUUGUGAUGAAGACUGUGUCCGUUGGAAGGCGAAGAUUCAGUGCAAAUUUCCAACUUGUGUUUCGACUUAUCAAGGGAUUGAUAUUUUUAACUUCAUCUCCAUUCUGGUCAUUUUGAUCGCAUUCCCAUAUGACCGUGCAAGACAUCAUUGUGUGUAUUCUUGCUUUCAUGCCCACUGGUUGGGGAAUGUUGUUGAUUGCACAAGCAUUGAAGCCUCUAGUUCAGCGAGCUGGGUUCUGGGGAUCAGUUCGGACACUUGCUCGUGGCUAUGAAAUCGUUAUGGGUUUACUUCUCUUCACUCCAGUUGCAUUCUUGGCGUGGUUCCUUUGUCUCAGAAUCCAGACUCGUAUGCUCUUUAACCAAGCGUUCAGCAGAGGUCUGCAGAUACUCGUAUUCUCGGAGGCCAACGGAAAGAUCGCCUUCGAAACAAGGACCCAUGAUUGUAAGUGCAGUAUUUACAUUAAUCUGUUGGUCACCUUGCCGGAAACAACUUUGUAGAAAUAUUGUUUAUAUAUGUAUUUGUAGGAUGAACCAGGGGCAGCAUUUUUGGUAAUUAAAUUGACUCGGCAAGCCCUGUUAGCUAGCUCCUAAGGUGUUUCAUUAAGAAACAUUUGGAGAAAACAUGGUGGAAUAUAAUCAAAUCAUAAUUAGUUGAUUUAUUUCUGUCCA